GUUUUUUACAGGACCGACUUAAAGGGAAAACGACGAAAAAGAAAAACAAGAGUCAAGACAGCUUUUAAAACUCCAACAAAACAAUAUGCGCGCCAUGCGAAAAAUAACUGCUCUGUGGUAAAAGGAGAUUACGAGUCCAUGCAGUAGGAGGUGUAGGAGGGAAGGCCUAGCCAUAUCUUGCCAGUAUGCGCCUCAGAAGAGAAACCGCUGGGGACAUCGACGUCGGCCGUCAAUCUUUCGCAUACAAGUCUGCUGUGAAAUCUGUGAUAAGAUGUCAGAUACAAUCUCUGGUUCAGAAACUGGCCACAGAAACGGGCGAGGAAUCCAUCGUAAUUACAACCAACAGUACUGAGGGUACGUAUGACCAUCUGGGAUCCCACCGGGGGCAGGAAUAUCUGGAGGAUGCUAGAGAAGUCGUCUAUCAAAUGUGCGCAAAGUUCUCACAGUUUUGUGCUGGACUGCAGACAAGGGAGGAAAAGCACAGACCAGAUGAACCUGAUCGGCCCGUAGAUGCAACAAUAUCAUCAAGGAAACGAGCUCUCACACCCGACAACACAAAUAAACCCAACAAACGAAAAUCCCGCCCGAGGAUGUCAAUAAAUGCUCUGUUUAGUAGAGUUGAAGAGUCAUACGAAAACCAGUCUGGCUUUCAGAAUGUAGCACAGUCUGUGCAGAGAUCUCCAUACAAUCUUGACACAACCCCCAUAGGUAAUGAAACGAAAAUGUGUCUUGACACAACCCCCAAAGGUAACAAAAUGAAAAUGUAUGUUAAAGUAAAAACUGAACCUGAGGACACUUUUGUUUCCAUGACAGAAAACGGCGAUUUAUCUGACAGCUUCUCUGGCAGGAAUUCAGACUGUGUUUCACCUAGUGAACAGAUUUCCCCUCCUAAAAUCAUUGCAAAGCACCAGGCGCUGUUUCCAGAAACUCAGCAAAAGAAGUCUGACUUAAGACUUACGGUAAGCGAGGAGAAAGACAAAUAUACAGAAGAUGAUGAUACAAAUGUUUCUCACGUUUUUACUAAGUUGUAUAAAGACACAGAAGAUGGGCAGCCUUUUAAAUCCAGCAUACUUCGGUCUCUGUAUGAACAGCCGCUGUACAAUCUAGAUGCUUAUUGCAUGAGUGGAAACAAUAUGGACAAUGCUGAACGCUCAGAGCAGGCCUUUUCUUCUAAUCUCAGUGAAAAAACGGACAAUUUCCCAGUCACGUCGGAGAACCCAGUCUUGUCCGGUCUUUACGACACCGGCACUUCCCCAAAGUAUCGAAGCAAAAGGAAAAUGGCCAAGAAAUCCAAGCAGAGAGAUAACGACAUGACGGCCACAGAUUUGAGCCUGUACGAGACCUCACCUUCAUCCACUGGUGGUUCAGAAUUGAAGAUUAAAACGUUUGAAUCUGGCGGAAGACUGGUGUAUGCCUGCGACGUUUGCAAGCGAGAGUUGUCCCACCUGACGAGUUAUCGUCGUCACAUGAAGCUUCAUACGCUGGAGAGACCCCACAAGUGUCCAGUGUGCUCUAAGGGCUUCAUUCGCAAGUAUCACUGCAUAGAUCAUCUGAACAAGCAUCACCGAGGUGUGGAAUACGACCCGGAAUCGCUGCAGUUAACCGGAAACAGCAAAGAUAUGGAAUUGCAGGGAUUAGCUGAGCCAUCAGCGUUGUCCGAUUCUAACAGCGUGUCACCAAGUGAUUUUAAUUAUACUCUGGAUCAGUCAGGGGAGGGAUGUUCAGAUCUGGACCAAUCAGGAAGCGGGGACAUGGGAAUCAGCCAAUCGGCUUCCAGCAUUUUGUCUGAGCUUGCCAGGUCAGCAGCAUUGGAGAAAAGUCAAAAGGAAACAUUUGCAAAGAAAUUACAGCUUGCCAGUUCUGAAGAAAAUGGACAUGUAAUUGACACAAAUCAAGAGAUUUUACAUUCAGGUUUAGAAAUCAAGCCUUGCAACAGUUCGCCUAACAAGCUGGACAGUGCGAAUGUCGAGGUUAAAAACGACGCUGGUGGUGGAAUAAAGGCCAUUAUAGCUCAUUUGAAAUCAUCAUCCAGAAGGAAAAAACAGGCUGAAGAAGCUGAAAGUGCACUGGGCCACAAGCCUGAUAUGUAGUUUCCAUUAGAAUACUUAAUUUGAGUCACGCUGUGGGAUAAGACCGGUCUUCAUGCAAAUGCGUAAAGUGUCGUCCUGGGUAAGUCUGUGCUGUGCGCACAGGCUAAUCAGGAAUGACACUUUCCGGCCAGAUUUGGUUUUUGUUUCAAAUAGACUUCCUUGAAACAAAAAAUUCAGAAAAGCUGAAAGUGUUGUCCCAGAUUAGCCUGUACUGACACUUUACGCCCAUGCAUUAAGCCCAGUUUGCCAGGAGAAAAUCUCAUUUACAUAAAUAGCAUUAAAAGCUUUGGUCCUGUGAUUAAAUUGUUCUCAUUUGGGAUAUGCUAAUUGUGUAUUUUGUUUGAUACUUUGUGUUCAGAAGCAAUGUUGGAUGUCAAUGUAUAACAAAUUUAUUUAGCAAUUAUUACUUAUAGAGGACAUGUUGGUAUAGAGAAUUUUCUGUCACCAUGUAUUUAUCAAGUCAAAACGAUUAGUUGCAGCGAUAUUGUUGCCAUUUUACUAGUCGGCUAAAAUUUAACUCUUCUGUCAUGUCACUCAAACUGAAUUGACAAAUGGUUCUAGUCUUUGGUAGUGAAGUGUUAAAGGUCCUGUUGAGUCACUUGUAUUUUAUUGAAUUUUCAUUUUUACAACUGUAUUAAGGAACAGAUAAUUCAAGAACGAUUCUAUCAAUUUGUGAUGAUAAAUAGCCAUUCUCCUGUGAAAUGAAUCUUAAUAUGAGAAAAGUUGGUAUUGAUUUAACUUUUGUAUUAUUUGUUAUGGUAAAAGAUUGGCACUUCAUCAAAUCCUUUUUCUGUCAGAAAUAAAUAUCGUUGUGUUAACAGAAAUAUGGUGCUGGAUGUUUAUCAAUUGAUAUUGAAUGUAAGGGACAAUAACCAUACAAGUAUUUUUUUUAUGGAUUAAUUUGUUCGUGCUUUCAUUUUUUGUUAUCAUCAAUCUAGUCUUUUCUUGACAUUUUGUAUAAAAAUGUGCAAUUCAUAUUUUGCAAUAUAGUGCAGAUAAGUUCUGUUUACUACAUUUAUAAUGCUACAAUCAGUCAAUCACUAGUCAAGAUACAUGUAGUUUCAGUGGAAUUACAUUUAUAAUACAUAUAUUAAUUCUGUAAAUAGGACAAUUUCAGAAUCUCUACUUCGUGAUUUUGACAUUGUUUCACACUGUUUGCUCUGCAUAUUUUCUUACCAUUCCAUUUGUAUGUUCAUAUUUAUUUUAUAUUAUUAUAUUAUAUAUUUAUAUAUUUUAUUGAUAAAAAGGUUCCUUUAGUCAAAAUUAUUUAUAUGUAAUUAUAGGAGGGUUUAUAUAAAGAAGAAUUGCUUGAUGAAAAAUAUUUUGAACUAAAAACUUAUUUUUGCAUUGUAUACAGUAUAAUUGAAUGAAUGUCAUACAAUAUUGACAUGUAACAGGCUUUUCAGGACGUUUUUCCAGCAUUAUCUAUUGCCAAAUUUAGAUGUUAAUGUAUGUAGCUGCAAUAUUCUGUCUUUAAGUGUUUUUUACAUUUCAAUUUUUUUUUGCUAAGUUUCUGGUCACUUUUUUACUCAUAAAUGAAAUCUAGUCAAAGCAAAAUCAUGUAUCCUUUUUACCAGUAAGGAUUGUGUAGUAAUGGUCAUGACAGUUUUUAAAGCAUUUGCUUCAAUUCUUGCCAAUUUAUAUCAAUACUUUAUAUCAAUAUCAUUUAUAUCAAUGUUGUAGAUAUAGAUGUUGCCCAGCCAGUAUACAUUAUUUAUGUCAAUUCUUGCCCUUUAGCAUUGAACAUUUGGAGAUAUUUCAAUUCAAUAUUUAAAUAUUUAUAAUGGUUUUGCCUGUCGGCCUUAAAUGUUUGUAGAAAGAGUUAUAUCGUGGUUAAAUUAUCUAACUUCUAAGUAUAUGAUUUGUGCAAUUAAAUGUUGCAUUAAAUGUUCACAGAUUUUGUCUUGUCAUAUAAAACUUGAAGUAUUAAGCUCGUGUGAGUUAGACCUGAACAGAUAUAGUAAACAUGUCGUGAACCCAUCUGUAUAUUUUUUCCUAUCUUGACAAAAAUGCGUUAAUUUAGUAAUGUUAAAUUUAAAGGAUAAACUAUGACACAUUCCUCAAAAAUUAAAAGUAAUAUUGGUUUGCUCAUGUUGGUUUGUAGAUUUGUCUUUGAGUGGACCACAUUCACUAUACAGUUCAGUUUCUUUGGAUCUAAGCUGUUACCUUUUGACGGUUUGAGUCGCUAUUUAUUAAAUUUUAAAUGUUCAAUAUAGAAAGGGUUCGUUUGUUUUAGGAACAGGUCUUGGUAUACUCAAUAGCCACUCACUGUUGCAAGAUUAAGUGCUUCUAGUCAUUAGAUAGCAAUAUUUAUUACUUAUUUAAAUUGAGAUUUGUUUUUGUUUCGUUUGAAAAACAUUUAACUGUGUAUUAUUUAUUGUCGAGUCUAGUCAUAUUGUAUGUACUCUUGUGAUGUUUUAAGAUUGAAGAAAAUACAUUUCUUAACUAUUGUGUUAUAAUUUACUUGUACAAUUAUUUAUUCGUGAAUAAGUAACUAAUACAAUGAGAGGAUUUAUAGUGGCACAUUGAAAACAAGUACUCAGAUUUAUAUUACAAUAUAUUUUUGUAUCAUUGUAGUUUGGCAUAUUUUAAAAAAUGAGUCUAAUGUCUGAUGAUAUUUUAGCAAUAUUUUUAUAAAAGAAAUGUUCCAAAGUACUUUGUGGCAAAUGAGCAUGUUUUGAUGACAAUAAAUAUUAACUAAUUAUUUAGUGCUUUGCCAAGAACUUGAGCUGUUUACUAGUACAUUCAAGUUGCUAUUUAAAUACAUUUUAAAUAGUGUUUGAAAAGGUGUAAUAGUGUUUUCUUUAAUGAUUCUAUCAUCCUAUUAUUUUGCUUACCGUAAUCGAAUAAAGGCACUUUGGAAAGCAACCUAAGAUUUCAGCAAGGAAUAUCAAACACUGUCACAGCAUCUUAAUGUAGCUUCUGUGUUUAAAUCUUCAAACAGUGUCUUUGUUGGAGAAACUUAAGUACACAAUUCAUGAAUUAAAAAAAAGCUAUUUCUUUAUUUUUGUCAUUAGAAUUUAUAUAAAUUUACUCAUAUCUUUUGUUGUAUGUUUGUAUGCGUGCCCAUGUAUCUCUGUGACAAGGUUUGGUUUGUUAUUUCUGAUAUGAUAUCAGCAUUAUUUACAUGUGCAUUUUGAUUUUCCAUUUUUGACUCAAAAUGUAGAAAAUCACAGAAUUUGAUUGAUAUUAUAUAUGUUAUUGCAUGGAACACAAAUCAAGUGUGUCAUAUUGUGUAUAUAAAGUUCAUGGAGAUCUACAUUAAUAUAAUUGUUAGCUCCCCUGAGUACAAAGUGCUCAAGUUGAGUUACUGUGGUGGGUGUCUCUCUAGUGUCUGUGUGUUGUUGUGGGUUGUAUUGUCCUUAUUGUCAAGGAAUGAUCCUAGUGUGGGCCUCUUUAACCCUCUACCACUAAGAUAUGUAUUUUGACGCUUUUGUAGUCCCUAAGAAAGUAAAAUUUAAUUUUAGUCCUUUCUUACUAGAUUCAAGUUAUAAAGGCUUCAUUUCCAACCCUUAGUUACUUAUGAGCAGCAAACAGCAUAAAGCCUGAACAGACUGUGAGUCUCGCAGGCUAUUCUGGUUUUAUGCUGGUUGCAAAAGCCAUUUUCACUUUGCUUCUAAUGGGGAAAAGGCUAAAAAAAAUAAAGAUUUAAAGGGUGAAGAUUUAAAAAGAAAAAGAACUAUGCCCGAGGUUUAGUAUUUGCUAUUUAACAUGGUUUAGCUGUCCUCUGACAAGUUUGCUCAAAACAUGCGUAAGGGUUGCAAAUCGGCCACAUCCUGAGAGUAAUUUUUGUUACAUAAUAUGUACAAAAUGACAUCUUUAAACUGCUUCUUAUAUAUUAGCCGCAAGUCCCAUAUGUUCAAACCAUGGACCUGCCCUGGGGAACUUGAUUUCCUAGUAUGUAUACAAUUAAAAGUUUAAAAAUCUGUUUGACCCGAACAAUUAAGGGGAUAGCCUAGAUGUUCGUAUAAAUCAACAUGCAAUGGCCCUGUGUACAAUUGUUCGGGCUUUUGGGAUCAAAACUUUUAACACCCCAGUGAUCACAUGUUUUUAUAAAUAGACUGUAAUUGAAAAUGACUAAUACCUCAGAUACCUUAUGGUUGAGACGUUUGGUACUCUUAUAUUUAACAUCAUAUAGUGGUCUUCUGCCCAGUGUAUGAUUUAAAUCUUUGCUGUAUUAAAAUGUUCACGUUCAGGAGGGUAAUUUUUUACCUUAUUAUACUAAGUAAACAUUAAAAAUAAAUCAAACAAUUUCUUUCCCAAAUAUCACUUUAUGAGCAAAAUGUAAAUUCAGGUGAGCGAUUAAGGGUCAUAAGUUUUUCACUUUGUUCAUUGUGUGUUUUGAAUUGUAUAUUAUUACCAUGACAAUUCACUUAUGUAUGAUUUUUGUCAGUUAAAUACAAUUAUAUUUGUAUUGCCACAGGGUAUUGCAGUAUUGUACAGCAUUAGCAUUUUGAGAAUCAAAAUGUAAAUAUUUGAUUCACGUAUAAAUCAUCUUGUCUUUCAAUCAGAUCUUUUGCGAUUAUCAUAGAGUUACUUAGCAAAAGCUUAACAAAAGCUGUCCCUGAAAUUGGGAAUUCUUUCUUAAAUUGAACUAAUGACUUUUAAGUUAAUAAACAAAAAAAAUCUGAACAAUCAAAUAAUUCAGCUCUUUAUUUCUUAAAGGCUGGAAAUCUAGCCAUCAAAAGGGACUAGGUUUGGCACUUGGGGAAAACAUUUGGCCAUUGGGAAUAUUUUCUCUUGUAUAACUGCUAUAAAAUCGGCAAAAAAGCCUCUUAUUAUAUUGUUGAACAGAAAGUAUUACAAUUUUGUAUUAAAUGCGAAUCAAAAGAACUGAAGUAACAGUUUUGUACUGAUGCUUUUGCUUUUAUAUAUCCAUUUUACAACUGUUAAUUCAUGUAGAAAUACAGCACCCUAAAAUUCAGAUGAAAUUAAGUUAAUAUUUUGAUUUCGUUUUAUGGCAGUUCCACAAACCAUACUAAUAAUUGAUGUUUUUUAGAGACUGGUAUAAAUUAUGUCAAUUUCUCGGGAAUGUAAUAAAUUUUCCAGUAGUAGAUUAAUAAAACAUUGUAAGUGAAGUAAUACUUGAAAAAUACAGAAUGAACCUGGAAUAAGACCUAUCAAUUUAGAUAAAACAGAACAUUUUAUAUUGAAGAUUUAAGAUCUUUUAAUUGCUCAUAGAUUAGAAGAAAUUUUAUAUUGAUUAAUAUUUUGCUAAUUGUCCCCUACUGGUGAAACCGGAGGGGACUUAUGGUUUGCGCUCUGUGUGUCAGUCAGUCUGUCAGUCCGUCACACUUUUCUCGAUCCUGCGAUAACUUUUUAAGUUCUUCAUAUUUGUUCAUGAAACUUGAAACAUGGAUAGAUGGCAAAAUGGAUAGUAUGCACGUCAUUUCAUUUCGUUCCUACGUCAAGAAUUCUGGUUGCUAUGGCAACAAAUAUUUAAAAAAAAUAAAAAAUUUUACUGACAAUGGUGGAGUUACACCGGUAGGGGACAAUAUUGCUUGGCAAUCUCUUGUAUUUAAUUUAUUGUAUAAUUUUAUGUCCCCCACUACCCCACCACUAUAGUGGGGGACAUAUUAUUUUUGCCCUGUAUGUUGGUUUUUGUCAAACUUUAACAUUUGCCAUAAAUUUUGCAAUAUUCAAGAUAGCAACCUCAUAUUUGGCAUGCAUGUGUAACUCAUCAAGCUGCACAUUUUGAGUGGUGAAAGGUCAAGGUCAUCCUUCAAGGUCAAAUAUAUGGAUCAAAAUCGCUCAUUUAAUAUACACUUUUACAAUAUUGAAGAUAGCAACUUCAUAUUUGGCAUGCAUGUGUAUCUUAUGGAGCUUCACAUUUUGAGUGGUAAAAGGUCAAGGUCAUCUUUCAAGGUCAAAGGUCAAAUAUAUGGGGGGGGGGACAAAGUGUUUCACAAAAAAAUCUUGUUUAAAUUUAACAUGUAUGAUGCUCUGAGACAAUGCGGAUUGGAUGGGUAGAAAAUUCUAUGUUGUAAUGGCCAGGGUAAUGCUGUAUGACGAAUAUUGGUAAACUACAUUGUUUUUAAGUAUCAGUCUUUCUUUACUCUUAUGUUUUAUUAAAAGUGUGAAAAUUGUUUUCAUUAAAUGCAUUUGCUGUUUAUUAGUUAUUGUUUCAUUUAGAAAACUUUUGUCCCAAAAUCAAACAUGUGAGGAAAACAACUUAUAGUAAUCAACAGAAACUUAAUAAACUGUCUUUCUUAUAAAUGCUCAGAUAAAACAAUCAAGGAAUAAAAAAUAUGAUUAUUUCAACUUACACAUUUUGAAUCCGAAGACAUGAUAGGAUUUUGAGAUUUUAGAUAUUAAAUUUUAUAUUAUUUGAGAUUGAUGUUUAAAUUCAAAUAUGUAUUUGUAUGACAUUUAUGUUGUAUCAUUUUUGGAAAUAAAACGAUCCUAUAUAAAUACAUGUGUGCUUAACAUACACUCAAAACCACUUGUAACACAAUCAUUUUAUUAUCCCCGCCAAAUUUUUUUCGGAGGGAUAUAGUAAUUGGUCCUGUCCGUCCGGCCGAAACUUUGUCGAGAGCAUAACUCCAAAUCUAUUCAAUGGAUUUACUUUAAACUUAGAAUAUAAACGGAUGGCAGCUAGGAGAAGUGCAGUGACCAAGAACCACAACUCUAUCUACCUUUCUUUUUGAAUUAUCUCCCCUUUUAUAUAACUUUAAAGUAAAUUUUUGUCCGGAGCAUAAUUCUAAAUAUACUAAAGGGAUUUACUUGAAACUUGAAAUAUAAACAGAUGGCAACUAGGUGAAGUGCAGUGACCAAGAACCACAACUCUAUCUACCUUAGUUUUUGAAUUAUCUCCCCUUUUAUAUAAUUUUAAAGUAAAUUUUUGUCCGGAGCAUAACUCUAAAUCUACUGAAGGGAUUUACGUAAAACUUGAAAUAUUAACAGAUGGCAAGUUGGAGAAGUGCAGUGACUAAAAACCAUUACUCUAUCUACCUUAGUGUUUGAAUUAUCUCCCUUUAUUUAAUUUAAAAGAGAAUUUUUGUCCUGAGCAUAACUCUAAAUCUACUGAAGGGAUUUACUCGAAACUUGAAAUAUAAACAGAUGGCAAGUUUGAGAAGUGCAGUGACUAAGAACCAUAACUCUACCUACCUUAGUUUUUUAAUUAUCUCCCUUUAUUUAAUUUCAAAGUAAAUGUUUGUCCGAACCAUUACUCUAUUGCUAUAUAAGGGAUUCACUUGAUACUUAAAACAAAACCCUUUCUAUAGAAGGGAUUCACUUGAAACUUAAAACAUAAGCCCUUUAUUUAAUUUCAUAGUAAAUGUGUGUUCAUUUCAUAGUAAAUAACCCCAAAUCUACUGAAGGUGUGUUGUAACCGUUUUUUCUUUAUGUUAGUUUUUUUUGGUUCAUUAUUUGUUUGGAAAGUAUACGUACUUGAAGCGGUGGCUUUUUUCCCGCAAUUACGAAAAAUAUUGACUAAACCCUUAUCCCCCUCACGGUGUAAGUAAUUUAACAUUUGUCUUGUUUAUUUAUAUUUUUAAAUUAUAUUUAAUUUAAUUUCAUAGUAAAAUAUUUAGCUUUUC